AUGUUGAGUUUAUUAUACUUUAUUUCAAUUCUCGCGACAACUGUGUUUGCAUUCGAUCCAACAAGCAACUCCAAUGUAGCUGUGUAUUGGGGCCAAAAUUCCGGCGGGAAUCAACAACGAUUGUCCUACUAUUGUGAUUCCGAUGCGGUUGAUAUUGUCAUUUUAUCAUUUAUGCAUGUGUUUCCCAACCCUGUUCAAUUGAAUUUCGCCAAUGCUUGUGAAGGUACUUAUACCGCCAAUGGUAUUUUGAAAUGUGAUAAUAUUGCUGCUGAUAUUCAAUCUUGUCAAGCCAAGGGGAAAAUCGUCUUGCUUUCCUUGGGUGGUGCUUCUGGUGCUUAUGGUUUUACUUCUGAUGAUCAAGCUAAAGAAUUUGCACAUACAGCAUGGGAUUUGUUUGGUAACUCCGACACUUUAUCAGCAUCGGAAAGACCAUUUGGCAGUGCCAUUCUUGAUGGGUUUGAUUUUGAUAUUGAAAAUCAUAUCAAUACUGGUUAUGCUGCCAUGGCUAAUGAGUUGAGAGAAAUUUUUGCAACUGAUUCAUCCAAGAGGUAUUAUCUUGGUGCUGCUCCUCAAUGUCCUUAUCCUGAUGCAUCUGUUGGUAACUUGUUACAAGAAAGUGUUAUUGAUUUCGUUUUUAUUCAAUUUUACAACAAUUAUUGUAAUUUAGGAACAAGUUGGUUCAAUUGGGACACUUGGUUGGAUUAUGCUGAAAAUACUAGCCCUAAUUCAAAUGUGAAAUUAUUCGUUGGGGUUCCGGGAUCAAUUAGAGCUGCUGGUUCAGGUUAUAACCCACCAGAAUUGAUUGAGGAUUAUUUGACUAGUGAUAUCUUGUCAAGUCAAUAUUUUGGAGGCAUUUCAAUGUGGGAUGUUUCGGCAGCUUGGGAUAACACUGAUUCAAAUGGUAACUUUGUUGAAAACAUGAAACGAUUAGUUGGAAGUGAUUUCCAAGCAGCUGCAGUUUCAUCGUCAGAUAGUACGACUACAACCACAACAACCACGGUUACCACCACUUCAACGACAUACACUAGCGGCACCACAACCACAACCACAACCUCAACCACAAGUUCACCUAGUUCACCUAGUUCACCUAGUUCAUCCAGUUCAUCUAGUUCAUCCAGUUCGUCUAACUCACCAAGCUCAUCCAGUUCAUCUAGUUCAUCCAGUUCAUCUAACUCACCAAGCUCAUCCAGUUCAUCCAGUUCAUCCAGCUCAGCUGGUUCGUCCUCACAACUUAUUUCUUCCAUACACAAUGCUGAUCUCACACCCACCGAUUCCACGACAUCAAUCUCUUUACAGUCUGACACCAAUACCCAAGAAGGUUCAAUCUUAGAAACUUCAACUGAUACCCAACAAAGCACAACGCUUGGUCAAUCUUCAUCAUCAUUAGCAACACAGACAUCUCCUUCCUCAUCAACCACACAAGAUGCCACAACUACAUCCAAUUUGUUCACUUCGUUUGUUUUUGCACCUACUACAAUGACCACCGUUGCUACUUUUUACAAUAUCAUCACCACGAGAACUAAUCUUCAAACGAUAUAUGGCCCUCCACCAACUACUGCAAUUUAG